GUGUAUUUUUGCUGAUAAUGAUAAUCAAAAUUUGUCUGAAAGAUUACUAGGAUCAAAACAAACUAAUAAUCGUGCAAAAAUAUAUGCUGUAAUUCGUGCUCUUGAAAUUUGUGAAAAUAAAACAAAACCUUUAGAAAUAAUGACAGAUAGUAAAUAUGUAAUUAGUAUAAUUGAAGAUUGGAUUGAACGAUGGAAAAAAAAUGGAUAUAUGAGUUAUAAUAAUAAAUCUAUUAAAAACCAAGAAUUAAUUAAAAGGUUAAAAAAACUUAUUGACAAUAGAAUUGGAAUAGUUAAAUUAGUUCAUGUCAGAGGUCAUUUAGGAAAUUAUGGAAACAAACAAGCCGAUAGAUUAGCCAAGCAUGGUUCAUUAAGAGAAGCAGUUACAGAAAUCUCCAAAUUAGAAAAUAAUAUUU